GAUGGUAUGUUUCCCAAAAAAACUCAGUUUUGCCAUGUAAAACAAUCUGUGAUUGCAAAAUAUAAUAUCGUCCUCGUUUCAGUACCUGAAUGGUAAUGGUCAGAAAUAAAGAAUUGCAUUUGCGACAGUGACUGAAGUGACAGCGAAGAAAUAACCAUUUCAUUUGAAUAAACCGCCCUGUCUGUGAACAUUUUGUUGUUCAGAAAUAUAACCAAAUCGAUUGUUCAUAACCGGUAAUUUAUAUUCACAUCACUAAAAACUUCAUCCGGAAAGAAUGGUUCUACUGCACUCAAAUAAAUUGGAAAACAUACCGAAAGACGCAGUAAUUUUCACUGAAGAUGAAGCAUUAAAAUACCAAUGGGAUGAAAUCAGUAAUCAUGACAGUCUCAGUAAAACGUGGUCCCUACAAUAUGGAGCCGGUGUUUUAGGAGUACUCAGUGGACUCACUGGCGUCUACAUCAAUCAUCAUUACCGUGGCCGAUUACGUUUGGGAUCAUUCGGAGCAUUUUCCACUUAUCUACCGAUUGUUGUUCUACCGACAUUAGUGACUACAGCUUUUCACAAAGUGUUUGUCCAAUCAGACAUCAUUUUGAGAAAGACAAAAUGUCCCGUAUGUCUGCAGGUACAAGCGGCAGCAACCCAGGUAGCUUUAGGUAUCGGAUAUCCAUCUAUAUUAGCUCCAAUUGCCGCAUACAUGUUUGCUACGCGCCAUUUCACCUAUCGGCUGCCCCCAAUAAGCAAAUAUAAAGAAUUAUUUGCCACAUACAAAAAAAUGACCAGACCAUUGUCAACGGCUUUGUCGAUUUCACUGGGUAUACAUGUGCUAAUUGCUAUGGCUUUGACACAAAAGGAAAUAUUAGACUUUCACAGGCUGGAACAAGAUUCAGCUACCGAAGAAUUGUUAAGUUAAAGUUUUGUAUGUUAAGUAGAGACACUCUAAAGUAAACGGAAAAGUAGCUCAGU